GAAAGCUCCUCCUGUUUACAUUUUUCUGUCAGUCGGCUUUUGAGAUAUGAGGGGCUUCAGUUUCCCAGACAAAUGAGAGGCUGUCGAGUCUCUUUGAAAGUGAAACCAGGUCAACACCCUAAGACCACUUACAAUGGGUGCCGGGGCAAACAAGGAGCCAGAUCCUGGUGACCUGAUAGAUAUCAGCCGUGGUCUCUAUCACCACUGGGCUGUGUACGUUGGUGAUGGGUACAUUGUCCACAUGUUAGCCCCUGAGGGUUUCCGGAGUGCCCAAGUAAAGAAAGAAAAACUCCAAGAUGUCGUCAACGGACACAAGUGGUGUGUAAAUAACUUUUUCGAUGACAAUCGGGAACCCAGGCCAGUCCACGAAAUUGUGGAAGAAGCCCUUUCAUGGGUUGGUAAGGAUGUGGAGUACAGUCUCUCUGACUGGAACUGUGAACACUUCGCCAACAAGUGUCGUUAUGGCAUAGCCAAGUCUGUUCAGGUGAUGAUGUCAAAGCUAGUGCUUCCAGGGGCUGUCAAAGUUGCAGAUGGUGCAAUGAAAGUUAGUAGAUUUAUAUUUCCCUUCGGUGGACCAUCAGCAUCAUUUUCACCAUCAAAGUCAAGCUCUCACUCCUCCUGAACGUAUUCCUGCUCUGUCAGUCAGAUUCAGUGAGAUACUUUACUUUAUUUGAAACAUUUUUAUAACAAUUUCUUGGUUGCAUUUUUUUCAGUCAAAGGGC